AUGAACAAAUUAACUAAUAUACGAAAACAUUUUUUAAAAAAUAACGAUGAUUGUAAAUAUGCUUUAAAUGUGGAAAAAGAAAAUCCAAGAAGUUUAUCACCUUUAUUAAAUGAAGAUUUUGUUGAUAAAGUUAACAUUGCUGUUGGAUCAUUAGAGAGUAUAUUAAGUAAUCCACAAGCAAUGUCUUAUUUAAUACAAUAUAUGGAAAAUAUAAAUCAUUUAAAUUAUAUUAAAUUUUUAAUUCAUACUAAAUCAUUUUCUGAAGUCACUCCACCAUCUUAUCAAGAAGCUUUUUAUAUAUAUGAAUUAUAUUUUUCCUCAAAAUCAAUUAUUUCACUUUUUAAUGAAUCAACUAUUGAAGGAAUUAAAAAUGCAUUAAAUAAUAAAACAAUAACAAAUUUUCUUUAUAAAGAUGCAGUUUUAAGGGUAAAGGAAGUCAUUAAUAAACGGUAUUUAGAUUCAUUUUUAUCAUCUGUUUACUACAAAUCUUAUUUAAUAGAAUGUUUAAAUGAUUCUCCUUUUUCAUUAGCUGAUGUUUUUAACAUUGAUCAAUUAUUAUGCAAUUUCAUUGAAUAUUUAGACACUGAAAAUGAUAGAAAAUAUUUAGAAUUUAUAAUUGCUGUUAAUUCUUUUUUAGAAGACUAUAAUAAUUGUGUAGAUGAUAAAAGUCAGAUGGAAGAUGCUAUGAUAAUUUAUGAAAAAUAUAUUUCUAUGCAAGCUAUAGAAGCAUUAAAUUUUGGAGAUUCUGUUCGUGUUCAGGUUGAACAACAAAUUUGUAGCUUACAUGGAAAACCUUCAAAAGAAUGUUUUAAAGUUCCAUAUGAUUUAGCAAAGAAAUUGUUACAAGUUAAAAGUAUCCCACAAUAUAGAGAAAGUUUAUUUUUUUCUAGAUUAAAAAAGGAAUUAAAAUAUACGAUUGAUAUGAUGAAUGAUGUUUCGAAUCAUGGAAAUACAAAUUUUAUAAAUAUUGACUAUAUUAAUAAAAAAGGUACAUUUCAAGAUGAUGACAGUAUUUCUCUUAACAGUAAUGCAACUUCAAGUGUCAUAACUAAUAGUUGUCCUUUAACACCAAGAAAAAAGAAAAUUAAAGAAUAUUCUUUAGGAAAAGUUGAUGAAUAUGGAAGGUAUAGCCCAUUAUAUGAUUCUACAAUUCUUAAUUCUUCACCAACUCAUGUUCCAAAUAAAAUUAAACAAAAAAUUGAGAAUUUACUUAGUUCAAGCGCUAAAAAAGAAUCAUUAGUAGCUGAUCAAGUGGCUCAAUUAAUAAUUAAUGAUAUACAAAAUAUGAUUAAUAACGGAGUUUCUGAAGCAUAA